CUUUGUUGCCUGCUGUUACUUUCUGACAACCCCUCCCCACCUUCAUCUGUUCCCUUCAAUCUCCCUACUGUGUUCCUCGCAGUAACCCCCCAGACCCAUCUCGCUUGUCUACCGCGGCAUCAUGCUGCCCCCGGAGACAUGACAUCGCGAGAAGAUAAUGUCCUGAAACCCCGAGAUCCGUCUCUGACGGACGAGAACGACUGGGAAGAGUUCAGUCUGUCCGAAGUCCGAAUCCUACUCCCUAGAAAAUCGCGCUAUGCCAACCUCCUAGCCGCCUCACCGGAGAACCCCGUCCAGGUAACCGGAUGUCUGGACGAGGUCGAGGAGGAGCAAGAGUCUCUGGUCCUCGACGAAGACUACCGGACGAAACGCAUUGUGCUCGAAAACGUCACCCACUACGCCUACGGUCAACACAGCGAUGGCGAGGUCGGCUUCUGGGUCGCCGGCCGCGCGGGGUGGUUCUCCAUCUCCCCUGCGAGGGGAUACCGCCCGAUGUUCAAUGACGUGGUGGAGGCGAUCGAUUUACUGUAUUUCCUUGCCGAUAAGCAUCAGCCGAGGCGGCGCAAACGGAGGACCCUUAAUCCUACUGUGGAAGACUUGUGUGAGGAGUAUAUCAUCCACACGCAUGGCAUCUGUGAGGAUGCAGAUGAUUCGGUGGAAGUGUUCUACAAGCAUCGCCAGUUUCUCCUGUCGCGGAUGCUGAAGAGGGAGGAGGAUAUCCCGUGGACACAAACGAAUAUCUUUGAGCACCUUUGCGAAAAGUUCCCGGAGGACUACGAACAGCUCAAGGCUGAGUACGAGCAAAAGGAGGGGGAUGCAGACACCGACGCGGGAGAACAUUCUACGCCUGAGCAGCCGAGAGAGACGAAACCCAGUUCGCCGGACCCCACUGCAGCUUCGAGAGAUCAGGCCAAUACAAUAUACCAGGUCGUGCUAGACCUGAAGGAAGCGGGAUAUUUGGCGAGGCGCCAGUUGACUCUGGAGCUCCUUGCUUCCACCCUGGUUGAUCGGUACGAGGUCGAGGAUGCCGAGUAUGCUCGAGAGCUCCUUUCGUCGAGGGCCGACGUCGUUCUCGAGUUAAUGGAUGAGGCGAAAACGUCGACCUUCGACUGGUCGCGAAAGGUUAUCUACCGAGAACUCAAGGCCCUAGCUAAAGAGAAUGCCUCGACGAACAUUACUUUCACCCCAUUGCAACCUCGCACAUUGAACGACGAUGGUUCAUCCGGAGAAGAUACCGAAAACGAAGACAGUGAUCGCCUGCAAAGACCGCGGAUCCGUAAGUCGGUGCUCAGGCCCAAGGGCUCAACCGCCAUCAAAAAGUCGGGCAAACGAGCACGGGCCACCGGAAUUGAUCCGGAAUAUCUCUCCGACGACAACGCGGACGCCAUGGAUGAAUUCGAGACACCGAGCAAGGUUCGUGGCCAUGACCUCGUGCGUGAUCCGUUAUCAACCAGAGCGAAACGGACCCGCUCGAUUCUCUCCGACUCGGGGUCCACCCCGAUCCUCAAAACACCGCUCCAGGAGACCUUGCAGAGCCGGAACACCUCAGUCUCUGCCGCUGACCAGGAGCCUUCCGACCUGGACUCCACUCACGGUCUCGAUGAUCUGCCAUCCGACACGUGGGCGUGUCAAGUGCCGGGCUGCGGAAAGACGGUCUCCAAGGCCAGCUUGAAACGGAAUCAGAAGGUGAUCGACGACCAUUCAUUGGGGCACGCCGACGACACCAAGGCCAAGCUGGACCUGGUCUUUGCUGAGCAACAACUCAACAUUGGUCUUCCCGUGGACAACCUUCUCAGUCGGAUUCGGGAGAUGGGAACCGCAGACGCCAUGGCGUUUUUGGCAAAUGGAGCGAGCGAGGUAUGAUGAUGGUGGGCUGCGUGUGUUCGACACUGACGGCUGGGACUCUACUCUGACUGAGAUGACCAUGGCCGUGCACGGCGUCGUAUCGAGCUUCGCCAGCUUUCGCUAUUCCCCACCACGUUCCCGAUACGUCAGAACGUACGCUUUAGUAGCACGCUUGAUCGCGACGCGCAAAAGUGAACAAAAUCUGUCAUCCCGACAAAACCUCACCAACUCAAAUUGAGAAUCAUACUUUGCUUCAAAGUGACCUCAACGGGGACUUGGGUGUAUUCGAAAGGGGUGCAUCACGCAGAGCCCCAACCCCCAGCGAGCUCACAUUCAGCAUGGGAAGAGCGAGUUAUUCCGGGAUACGGGCAUUCCCAUCUGAUAAUAAAAACCCAUCGCUUUUUUGUUCAAUUGUCUGGGGGGGUUCCAGCCCUUCUUCCUAGGAAGGUCGCGGCUGCUGGGAUUUCUUGUCGUCUAUCCCUCAUGCAAAGGAGAUGUAACACGUGCAUCUUCGCGAAUCACUGGAUACUUAUAUUUUGCCAAUAUGUGUCAAGCCAUGAUGUUUGUUCUACACGGUCUAUCCACGUCCAUCGAUUGGUUGGGUUAAUUGACAUGACA